GAAGAGGAAAGAGGAUUAAAAGAACGGGCAAGUUCUGAUUCAGACCUUCUGAAAGAACGAAACAUGACCACAGCCAAUACAAGAGAUCCUUUUCCAGAGAGGGAGUUUUUACCAUUUGACAGAAAACUGCGUGUAGAAGAAUAUUUGGAAAAUCUUCAAGAGACCUUCAGCGAAAUCACACUACCGAGUGAUAGCGGAGUUGGGACUUUGAGUAGUGCCACUUCUGAAUAUGGAUUUGACAAAGGAGACAGACUUGAAAAGCUCGACCAGGUUGAAGGGUUAAUCAAGGAUUUCAGUGAGAAUUGGGACAGCAUUCAGGAAGCACACAGAGAUGCAUACCCGUCCGAAGGACGUAAAUAUCGUAGCAUAGGGAAAGAAUUGGAAAAGAUCAGAAUGACUCUAGGAACCGUGAAAGAGAUGGAAAAAGAGUGGAUGAUUGCAGAACCUAUUUUGACAUCGUCAAGCAGUCCUGAAGCUGUUAUACAACAAUUGAAAAACUCUCUACAGCUAGAUCAAGGCUUUUUCAAAAAUCCAACCAGAGAGGACAAAAGAGCUAUCCGUGUCUUGGCAAGAAAAGCCAAAAAUUUAAAACGAUUCGACGUGUUUAGUUACUUAAAAGAGAUCACACCACCAGGAACAACAGGUCCUCAGUUACCUGAGAAUAUGCUCAUCAAGGAGAUGCCAAGAGAUAAAAUAUAAUUUCUUUCAAAACUUUUGAAUCGUAAG